UCUUCUUCAUCGUCUUCUUCUUCAUCAGUCGUCCAUCCAUUCAAGCUUUCUUUUCCUCCCUAGGGAAUUCCACAAAGCUAAACAAUGGCAGGCAAUGGGGAUCAAGUCGCCGCUCUGUUAUUCUGGGGAGGCGACAUCGUUAAGCGCGGAUACAUGGGGUCCGUGGACUACUCCGAGCAAUCAAAAACCAUGUGCUUCUUGAGCCGUCGGAGCGGGCACAAGGGGGUGGUGGAGGGAGUGCUUGCCGCGAUGAACUCCAAGGGCGUCAAGGCCACAACUCUCAAUGCCCUUUUCGGCAAGUACCCGAAAACCGUCCCGGGAGGGAAAGUGGUGUGUGAUGCCGUUCCCCUCACGGACGACCGGUCAUGGAAUUGGUUCUUGCAGGGGGCGUUGGCUUCUUGUAACCAGGGUGGCCUUGUCCACUUGUAUGCCGUUGCCGGAGAGGGAAUGGCAGGGAUGAAGAUCAUCCUGAACAUAUGCGCAUCUCGAGGGACAAAAUGCGGCUCUACUUUGAUGGCCGGGUGCUUUGCCCCUGCUCCACACUGGGCUACUACGGCGUCGAGAAUGAAUCCGCCUUGGAUCUCUUCCCCCGUCAAUAAACUAGAUUCGUAUCAUGCAGAUCUUGUUAAGAUAAACCUAUAGUUUUAGCAAUGCAAGUCUAAACAUUAUUAGAAUAUAUAUAUCAGAAUUAAAUGGUUGUUUAAUUGUCAUGGCAUAAGAAAUUAUAAAUGUUUAA